UUCCUUUCCGGUUCUCAAAACCUUCGGCUCCCCGUCGUCCUCCUCAUCCUCCUCACUCUGCCCGUUGCAAAUUCAAAUUUGGAUUCCCCUUCCUCCCCACACGCUCCCCUCCUCCUGCCGAGCCGAAACCCUAACGAUCCAAUUCCUCCUCCCUUUGGGCCUCCCACCAUGAGCGCCGCCGCCGCCCCAGCAGCCGCCGUCGGCAGCGGCAAGGAGCUCGCCAACCCGCCGACGGACGGGAUCUCCAACCUCCGGUUCUCCAACCACAGUGACCACCUCCUCGUCUCCUCCUGGGACAAGACGGUGCGCCUCUACGACGCCGACGCGAACGUGCUCAAGGGUGAGUUCGUACACGCCGGGGCCGUGCUCGACUGCUGCUUCCACGACGACUCCUCCGGGUUUAGCGCCGGCGCCGACCACACCGUGCGUAGGUUAGUAUUUGGUUCAGCAAAAGAGGAUCUUUUAGGACGGCAUGAUGCUCCUGUUCGCUGCGUGGAGUACUCUUAUGCUGCAGGUCAAGUCAUCACUGGCAGCUGGGAUAAGACUAUCAAGUGUUGGGAUCCAAGAGGUGUAAGUGGACCAGAGCGUACGCUUGUUGGGACAUAUGCUCAACCUGAGCGUGUAUAUUCUCUGUCGUUAGUGGGGAAUAGGUUGGUUGUUGCAACAGCAGGAAGACAUGUCAAUAUUUAUGAUCUGCGUAAUAUGUCUCAACAUGAGCAAAAAAGGGACUCUUCUUUGAAAUAUCAAACACGUUGUGUUCGAUGUUUCCCCAAUGGAACAGGAUAUGCCCUAAGUUCUGUUGAAGGACGAGUUUCUAUGGAAUUCUUUGAUCUAUCUGAGUCUGCUCAAUCUAAAAAGUAUGCUUUCAAGUGUCAUCGGAAAUCAGAAGCUGGCCGGGACACCGUUUAUCCUGUCAAUGCAAUUGCAUUCCAUCCAAUAUAUGGUACAUUUGCCACUGGUGGGUGUGACGGAUUUGUGAAUGUAUGGGAUGGCAUUAACAAGAAAAGACUAUAUCAGUAUUCAAAGUAUGCGUCAAGCAUAGCUGCUUUGUCAUUUAGUAAGGAUGGGCACCUGCUCGCUGUGGCAUCCAGCUACACUUAUGAAGAGGGAGAAAAAUCCCAUGAACCUGAUGCAAUAUUUAUCCGGUCAGUGAAUGAAGUGGAAGUAAAGCCGAAGCCUAAGGCACUGGCAGCACCUUAGAAGUGUUUUAGUUGUCUCACGACAGGGGUAAUCGUGUGGUUUGAUGUGUAUGGUGAGAGUAAAGCGUCAUUCAAAUUAGUAUUUUUGUAUCCUCGCAAGAAAAAAAGUAUUUAUGUCGGACACUCCAUUUCCCUAGUUCUCUUAAGUUCAUGUCAACCACAUCUGUUGACGAAAUUCCUUGUUUAUGUUGAAGGGAUGGUCAGCAUCUAACUCUGUUGCCUCUGCCUGUUCAUUUCGCUUGGAACCUCUAGAAAUAUUUGCUUAAAUGUUGAUGUAUUCCAUAUUAUUGUAUAUUAUGGUACCAUGUUCAUUUAUUCUGUUUUAAGUUUUGGAACUGGGAUCUUAUA